AUGGAAUAUGGACUGAACAUCGUACAUCAAGGGCCAGGGUAUAAAUAAAGCCGGUGCAUUCCUCAUUCAUCGGCAUCCUCCCUGCCCGUUACGGUAGCCCCCCACUGUCGAACCUAGCAACAACUGUGGCUAAAGGACCAGGAACGCCGUUGCAUGAUGAUGUUCCCCCCAUCCAUCCUCUUCGGCCUGGCGGUGGGCAUAGCAUCCAUUGUGCCAACUAUCGCGCAGUCCACCUGUAACGGCCAGGCUGAGUACUGUGAUCGCCGUUUUUCCAAUGUUACCCAGGUCGGCGCCCACGACAGCCCCUUCGUUGGGUCGCUCCUCUCCGAUAACCAGGAUCUCAGUGUCACCCAGCAGUUGGACCUGGGAAUCCGCUUCCUUCAGGGCCAAACCCACAAAUCUGAACUGGAUGAUACCAUCCUCCUUUGCCACACGUCGUGCCUGCUGGAGGAUGCGGGCAGCCUGGAAUCGUUUCUAACUACAGUCAAAUCCUGGAUGGACAGCAACCCGGAUGAGGUGGUGACCCUCCUCCUUACAAACGGUGACAGUCUAUCGGUAUCGCAGUUCGGCGAUGUCUUCAACAGUUCCGGUAUCUCAGACUAUGCGUUCGUGCCGAGCUCGUCUCCAGACACUUUGGCCAUGGAUGAAUGGCCGACCCUACGAGAAUUGAUCGGAAAUGGCACGCGGCUGGUGUCUUUCCUUGAUUAUGGCGCCGAUGCUUCGACCGUCCCAUACAUCCUCGAUGAGUUUGCGUACUUCUUCGAGACCCCUUAUGAUGUGACGAAUGCAACUUUCCCCGACUGCAGCAUUGACCGGCCCGCUGGUGCAUCCGCCUCCGGACGGAUGUAUAUUGUCAAUCAUUUUCUGGAUGUCGACAUAUUGGGAAUCCUCAUACCCGAUAAGGAUCAUGCAUCCGACACCAACGCGGUGUCGGGGUCUGGGAGCAUUGGAGCCCAGGCAGACCUGUGCUACUCCAUAUACGACCGCUUGCCCAACUUCAUCCUCCUGGAUUUUGUCGAUUUGGGUGAGCCGAUCGCGGCUCAAAGUGAACUGAAUGGUGUUUAGAAAGCUCAUUGUCCUUCUUUCCGAGCAGUGUGGCUCUUGGUUUACCCGGCUGAUGGCACGCCAUGUAAAUCCAGCAGUGCUCUAUCAAAAAGGCUUACCAAUCGGGAUAAAAUGUAUUUGCCAUUCCGCUCUUCUGUCAAAUCCAAAGGAGAAGGCCCCACACUGCGUGCGGACCGUCGAGGUCUAUUGGUUAUAAGAUGCCCUUUAGUCCAAAAUGUCGAGCAGAUAGUAACGUCAAAUCGCCCCAGUGUAGCUUCCAAGACACUUCGAGAUUGUUCACUCAUCCAAUUCAACCUGCAUCUCGCGUUCUGUUAUAAAUUUGGGAUAUCCGAGUUAGCAAUGCCAG